AUGUCGUCAAACGAACCGGUCGUCGCCCCUGCUCCUGUGGAGGUCGAUGAGAAUGAGCCCCCAGCCACCCCGAUAGAUUCGAGCAUCGUCUCUGAAAGCGACGAGUUGCUUAAGCCCAGCCCCGAAGUAUCCAAGGAAAGCCGUGCGAUCUCUCCGGCCAAGGCUAGCCCUGAUACACCGAGCACCGAGAAGCGUCCUGUGUCUGGCGCAUCCACCACCAAACGGCCCACCUCAUCCUCCGCCUCGAAACCUACGACGGGUACCACCCGACCGACCUCCGGCACUCUGAACAAACCUCCCACUCGUCCCCCGGCCACGACAACCACCCGGAAGCAACUGAGCACCUCGACUGUCUCGUCCCACCGGUCUCACAAGUCAGUCAGCAGCUCUGCAGAUGAGAAGCCUCGGUCUGUGGCGAGCUCAGGAGAUGAGAGGCGCGGAAUCUCUGGAUCUGCGAAGCGCAUGUCUAUGGCCGGUACAGCCUCGACCCGCGCUCCUCUCAAACCCACCUCGUCUUUCGAUCGUAGAUCGAGCGUUGCAGGCCCCACUGCCGAGAGGAAGCCCGCCACCACAAGUGCGCGCACCGCGACCGCGACCUCUACAAGCAAGCCCGUGGGCAGGCUGACUUCGACGACGACACCUGCAAGCCGGACUGCUACUUCUACCUCCACCGCUAGACCUGCUACUGUUCGGCCACCCUCGACUACGAGCACCGCUAGGCCUGUCACUGCCACCGACUCCAAGAAGCGAUUGAGUACGCUUCCUGGGUCAAUUGGCCGUGCUGGUGAUUCUGAGAAGCUGCAGGCCCUCCAGACUAAGCUCGCCGAGAGCGAGGAGACCGUCGCUAGUCUGAAGUCUGAAUUGGAGACUGUCAAUGAGAAGCUCAGCCAGCUUUCUGUCUCGGCCCAAGAACCCCUGGGUGAUACUGGUGCCACCGAGGCCAUUCGCGCGGAUCACGCCGCAGAGAUUGAGAAAUUGACAUCAGCCCAUGCCGACGAGCUCCAGGCCCUGCAAGCGCGACUAGACGAAGCCGAGUCCCAACGGAAAGAACUGGAGAAGAGCUCGCAAAAGGAGUUGGAGGAAGCCAGACAAUCCGCCGCGGCGCAAGGGGAUGACAGGACAGUUGCCCUGCUUGACGAGCUCAAGGCAACACAUCAAACCCAGCUUGAGGCCAUCGAAAAAGAGCUGGCAGAGCACAAGUCUGCAGCUACUCACUUCGAGGAGCAGAUCGGUGCUCUGAAGAAGGAACUCGAGUUUCAAAAGCUUGCUCUGGAAGAAGAAAAAGCUCUAGAGCUCGAAAACUUCAACCGAGAACUCAAGGGCCGUGAUCAGGUGUUAGAAAAUCUUAACACGGAGAUUGCUAAGCUGACUACACUCAAGGAGCAAGAGGUCCGUGCUGCGGAAGAGUCUGCUAAGGAGAGUGUUUCUGGUCUUCAAGAGCAAGUAGCCGCACUCGAGGCGAAGCUUGCUGCGGCUGAGUCUGCUACACAGGAAAGCUCCGAGGAGAACCCUUUGAUCGCCGAGAAGGAUCAAGAAAUCACCGAGCUUAAGCAGGCCCUUGAGAAAAUUCAAAGUGAGCUCCAGGAGGCACGUGACGCCGCGGCCACUGAAUUGUCAUCGAAGGUUGUGGAGUUAGAGACUGCCCAUGAGGCUGCUAUCGCAAGCCUCAAGGCCGAACAUGAAAGUGCUAUCAGUGAGAUUUCGGCUUCCCACGCGGAAAAACUCACUAGUGCCAUAGCGGCGGCGGAAUCGAGCGGGGCAGAACACACCACGCAAAUCCAGGAACUCCGUGAUGCCCUCGAGGCGUCCAAGGCCACUGCCCAGAAAGGACAAGAAGAUGCCGUUGCUGAACUGAAGGCCGCACAUGAUGCAGAACUCAAAUCGCUACAGGAACAGCUGGAGGCUUCCGAGAAUGCCCUCAGUGAGUCCCGCCGUGCACUGGAUGAGGGUAAUGCCUCCGCACAAGAUGUUGCCAUCCAAGAGAUUGACGCUCUUCGACAAAAGUGUGAGUCGCUGGAAUCACAACUGACCACUGGCACUGGGAAAAUCAAUGCGCUGCUCGAAGAAAUGCAGCUCAAGCAAGCUGAAGUCGAAAAGAUCUCCCGCACUCUACGGGAUAAUGAAGAUCACUCCAAGCAAGAAGGUUUACAGAAGGACAAUAAGAUGAAGGCUCUGGAGCAGAAGGCUGCAGAAGCUGUUGUGCUUCUCGAACAACACACCUUGCAGGCUGCGGAUGUGGCUGAGAAGCACGCAAAGGCCCUCGAAGAGUUGAAAGCUGAACAUGCUGCUCAGCUUGAAUCCGAAUUAGAGCGGGUCAAGGAGGCAUCGGGAUCUAAUGAAAGCGCUCUGAGUGAUCUUCAGACGAAGCACACAAAGGCUCUGGAAGAAUUGAAGGCUGAACAUGCUGCUCAGCUUGCAUCCGAAUUAGAGCGGGUCAAGGAGGCAUCGGGAUCCAAUGAAAGCGCUCUGAGUGAUCUUCAGACGAAGCACGAUGAGUUGCUUGCCACAAACAAGGAAUUAGAGUCUACCCACGCUACCCGGAUUCAGUCGCUUGAAGCUGAUUUGAGGGCGGUGAUCGAAAACCACGCUCUUGAGAUUGCUACCCACACCGAGGGUCGCGAAAAGGAGACCGCCGAACUCCAAAAUCAAUUCGAAGAAACCCAGGCGAAGUUGCAAGCCGAGAUUUCCGCUUUGCAGAGUUCCAGCAAAGCUGAUGCCGAGCUUCACAAGCAGCAAAUCGCCGAACUGCAAAAAGGCUUUGAAGAGGCCAAAACCCAGCUGCGGGCUGAGAUCGAGGCUGCCCAAACCUCCAAGGCUGCUGAAAUCGAUGCUGAGCACAACAAGGCAAUUGCCGAACUGCUGCAGGGAUUUGAAAAGACCAAAGCUCAGCUGCAGGUUGAGAUUGAGGCUGCCAAGGCCUCCAGGGCCACUGACCUCGAUGCUGAGCACAACAAGGCCAUUGCCGAACUGCUGGAGGGCUUCGAACAGACCAAAGCCAAGCUGCAGGUUGAGAUUGAGGCUGUUCAUACCUCCAAGGCUGCUGAAAUCGAUGCCGAGCACGGAAAGGCGAUCGAGCAGCUUCUAACUAUGAGCGAGGCUAAGCUGUCUGGCCUCAGGGAGGAGUUCGAGGCUUCUAAUAAUACCAAGAUUGCCGAUCUCCAGAAGGCCCACGAUGCAGCACUAGCCAGUGUCAACGAGCAGUUGUCUCAGGCCAAGGCCGCUGCCCAAGACACCUCCGUUCUGGAUGACUUAAAGGCCACAGUCGCCGAUCUGCAGGCCAAGCUUGCUGAUUCUGAGAAGGCUCGCCUUGCGGUACAGGAAUCUGCCACCACUUCUUCCAAGGAAAUUGAGGGUUACUCAGCUGAGCUCGCCAAGAUCCAGGCCGACCAUGCUGCACUUGGAGAGAAAUACCAAGCCGCGGUCGCCCAGGUGGGUGAACUCGAGAGACUUGCCAAGGACUCAGACAGCCAGAAGUCGCACCUUGAGUCGAUUAUGAAGCAGCUCUCUGAAUCCCGCGACCAGCUCCUCAAGGCCAAGGCCGAUAACGCCGCCAUCUCCGACUCGCUCGUUGAUUGCAGGAACCAAAACAAGACCUUGUCCGAGAAGCUUGAAGCUGGCGAACGUGACCUGAACGAUCAGAUCGACAAGAACAUGGGUCUCCUCAACCAGCUUGGCGACGUUGAUUCCGCUAUCUCUGCCAGCCGCCGACGGGUCCGCGAACUCGAAACCGAGCUCGCAGUUCUGAAGGCGGACAGUGGCGAGAAGAGCAGCUCUUCGGGCUUGGACGCUAGCCGCCACAACGGAAGAUGGCCAGCCUGCAAGAACAGCUUAGGCACAUCCGAACAGCCAGUGAGGAUUGGUACAGCGAGCACCACAGACUCAUUGCCGAACUUGCUCAACUCCGCCGGCAAGCAUCCUCCGACUCUCCCAGCCCUUCGACCACACCCAAUUCCGAAGUCCCACCAGCCCCCGAGCCAGAACCUUCUCGCACCCGCGCCGCAACAGUCUCAUUUUUCGGGAGACGCUAAGUUUCGCGUGGAUAUGGCACCUUUCUGA